AAGAAAACAUAAGACGAAAAAAAAAAAGCAAAAACAAAUCUCAAGAACUUGAGGAUUUCUCUUUUUUCGGAUUCCAUUUCUUUCUUUCUUUCUUUCUUUCUUUCUUGCUUCUGUAUAAAUUUGCCACUGAAAGACAUCGUUGGAGGGAGGAGCAUUUGCUCUUAUAUCCUUCAUAGUUCUUAGGGCUUCUGCUUAGCUUCCUAUUCUGAACCAUUAAUGGCGUUCUGGUGGCCUCUGCUCGUUCUUGGCUUCGCUUUCGCGAUCUGUCGAUUCUUGUUGAUGCUCAUACCUCCUAACGUUCCCUCCAUUGACGUCGAUGCUUCUGAUGUGCUGGAUGAUGGAAGUCAGACCAAGGAGAACAGUUUCAUUUAUAUACCGAGGAGGGGGAAGGCAGCUCAGACGGAUAGAGUUCAGUGUUACGAGCCCGCAACAAUGAAGUACUUGGGAUUCUUCCCUGCUUUGACUCCUGAUGAGGUCAAGGAGCAUGUGACACAGGCUAGGAAGGCUCAAAAGAUAUGGGCAAAGAGUAGCUUUAAGCAAAGGCGCCAGUUUCUGCGGAUACUUCUGAAAUAUAUUAUUGAACAUCAAGAGCUUAUAUGCGAAACCUCCUCUCGAGAUACAGGGAAGACAAUGGUAGAUGCUUCUUUGGGUGAAAUAAUGACGACAUGUGAGAAGAUCACUUGGCUUCUUGCAGAGGGUGAGCGGUGGCUGAAGCCUGAGUACAGGUCUUUUGGAAGGUCAAUGCUACACAAAAGAUCCAAAGUGGAAUUCCACCCUCUUGGGGUGAUUGGUGCCAUUGUUUCAUGGAAUUAUCCAUUCCACAAUAUCUUUAAUCCAAUGCUGGCAGCAGUCUUUUCUGGAAAUGGGGUUGUGAUAAAGGUCUCAGAGCAUGCAAGUUGGUCUGGUUGUUUCUAUUUCCGAAUCAUUCAAGCAGCUCUUGCUGCUGUUGGAGCUCCUGAAAAUCUGGUCCAUGUAAUAACAGGAUUUGCUGAAACAGGAGAAGCCCUAGUUUCUUCAGUUGACAAAAUAAUUUUUGUUGGAUCGCCUGGAGUUGGUAAAAUGAUCAUGAAAAAUGCUGCCAACAAUCUGACACCAGUUACCCUUGAACUUGGUGGUAAAGAUGCAUUUAUUGUUUGUGAAGAUGUAGAUGUACCUCAUGUGGCACAAAUUGCUGUAAGGGCUGUCCUUCAAUCAAGUGGACAAAACUGCGCUGGUGCUGAGAGAUUUUAUGUUCAUAGGGAUGUUUAUUCUUCAUUUGUUGCUCAAGUGGUCAAAAUUGUAAAAUCUGUUUGUGUUGGCCCUCCACUGGCGGGAAAGUAUGACAUGGGUGCAAUAUGUCUCCAAGAGCAUGCUGAAAGGCUUCAAAGCCUUGUGAAUGAUGCCUUAGACAAAGGGGCAGAAAUUGUUGGUCGAGGAAGUUUCGGCAAUUUGGGUGAAGAUGCAGUUGAUCAAUUCUUUCCACCUACUGUAAUUGUAAAUGUUAACCACACUAUGAAAUUGAUGCAGGAAGAGGCUUUCGGACCAAUCAUGCCAAUAAUGAAAUUCAGUUCUGAUGAAGAGGCUAUUAAGCUUGCGAAUGACACAAGAUAUGGACUUGGUUGUGCUGUUUUUUCUGGCAGCCAGCGCCGUGCAAAAGAAAUUGCCUCCCAAAUACACUGUGGAGUUGCUGCAAUCAAUGACUUUGCAUCAACUUACAUGUGCCAGUCACUGCCAUUUGGUGGUGUCAAAGAUAGUGGAUUUGGAAGAUUUGCUGGUGUAGAAGGACUGCGAGCUUGCUGUCUUGUAAAAUCAGUUGUUGAAGACAGAUGGUGGCCUUACAUCAAAACCAAGAUACCAAAGCCAAUUCAGUAUCCUGUUGCAGAAAAUUGCUUUGAGUUUCAGGAGUCACUUGUAGAAGCACUUUAUGGCUUGAAUGUGUGGGACCGGCUACGAGCAUUAGUCAAUGUCUUAAAGAUCCUAUCAGAGCAGAAUUCUUCUACUAGUAAUGUGAGAAGAAAUCAGUGAGUGUCAUACUCUAAGCUUGGCUAAUUAAUGAGAGAUCACUGUUAAACUUGUCUCUGCUGAUUUAGUUUCAACAACUUGGGGCAUUUAGAUCCUCUGUCUCACUGCCAUUCCAAUUAUCACAUUGGUUUUGUACUUGUGCAAAGUAAGCAGGGGUUGUUUCCGGGUCCAAAAUCUAUACAUUGGAGAAGCCCAAGGUUUAUGUGUUCA